AUGCCAGCUGACGACGACCUCAAGGCGCAUGCCGCCUCCAAAGAAGAUUUCUACGCGCUGCUAGAUCUCUCCCCUGCGGCCAAUGAAUCCGAGAUUCGGCGCGCCUACCGCCGUACGGCGCUGAAAUACCAUCCUGACAAGAUCUCCAACCCCACCGCCGCCGACAUCGACAAGUUCCACCUCCUUCAGAUCGCCAACGAUGUCCUCUCCGAUCCAGCAAUCCGACAGCUCUAUGACAAUGCGCGCGAGGCGCGUAUGCGCAAGCAGCGCGAGCGGGACCAGAUGGACGCCGCGAAGCGGAAGAUGCGCGAGGACCUCGAAGCACGAGAGCGUGCUGGCGCUGCGGCUCAGCAGGGUGUCAAACGGCCAUGGAUGCCAGGUGGCGAAGACGAUGCCGAGGCUAAGCUGCAGCGGGAGAUUGAGCGGAUCGCCGAGGAUGGGCGCCGUCGCCGCCGCGAGGCGACGGAUAAGCUGAAGCGGGAGCUAGAAGAAGAACAGAGGAAGAUGCAGGAGGAAGAGGAAGAGGCACGCAAAGCGGCGGACCGAAGUAGCCAGCGCGUUGACCGGUCCCGGGACGGCGGUACAAAUGUUUCGGAGCUCGAGCGCUCGGUGAAGGUCCGCUGGGUGCGAGAAGGCCGUGGCGCGGACUGGGAUGCGGAAUGGCUGAAGGCUCUGUGCGCGCCUUUUGGGGAGAUUGAAGGCACAUUCGUGCUGAAGGAUAAACGUGCCCGCGUGGAUGGGAAGAAAGGGAAGGUCACCUAUGGCACCGGCGUCGUGGUCUUCAAGUCGAUUGUCAGUGCACAGGCGGCUGUGUUGGAUAGUGACAAGAACAUCCGGCAAGCAGAGGGGGAUUGGGCUUUGGUGGACUCGGUUGCAUAUGCAUCGGGUCAAGCACCGGACUUGGGAUUCGGCACGAACGGCAAAGCUGAGGAGUCAACGCCGUUAGCGGACUCCCAAACACCCUCGUCCAGGCCCACUACCGAUACGACUGGUACAGCCUCUAAGCCAUCGUUGAAGCCAUCGUUCAACUUCCUUGGUGUGAAGCCUGAGUCACAACCAUCUGGAAAGGCGCCUUCAUUCGGCUCGUUCCCCUCCGCGGCCGGAAACCCUCCCCAGGCACCAUCUUUCAACCCUUCGGCAAAGGCAUCAACACCCAGUCUCCAAGAGAUUACUAUGAUGCGGCUCAAAAACGCACAGCGUGAGAAGGAGCGCAAAGCUCUCGAAGAAGAACUUGCCCGUGAAGACGAGGCUGCCGAUGCUGCAGAAGCUGCGGCGGAAAGAGCAAAGGCUAAUGGGACGUGA